AUGGAUGGAUUCAGAGCACCUAGAAACGAAUCGCUGUUGUCCAGUUCCUCUGGUCCUACCAGAUGGGAUCCCUUCCGUCGUCCUUUGGACUCCAUCCAGCCCUGGCACUUCAGGCUUCUGGCAGCAGUAAUGUUGGUGGUGACCUCUCUGUCGCUUGCUGAGAACCUGGCUGUAAUCCUGGUAACUUGCAUUGUUGCUCUCUGGUCUCUCGCUCUGCUGGCUUUUGAGCGGUACAUUGUCAUCUGCCGCCCAUUGGGAAAUAUGCACUUGAGGGGGCAGCAUGCAGCCCUAGGUAUUGCCUUUGUGUGGACCUUUUCCUUCAUUUGGACCAUUCCACCAGUGAUGGGUUGGAGCAGUUACACCACCAGUAAGAUUGGAACUACUUGUGAGCCUAACUGGUACUCAGGAGCUUAUGCUGACCAUACAUACAUCAUUGCAUUCUUCAUCACCUGUUUUAUAGUGCCUUUAUUGGUAAUUAUGGUAUCCUAUGGGAAACUGAUGCAGAAGCUAAGAAAGGUGUCAGAUACGCAAGGCAGACUGAUAACUACCAGGAAACCUGAAAGACAAGUGACUAGAAUGGUUGUUGUUAUGAUCAUUGCCUUUCUAAUCUGCUGGACACCAUAUGCUGCCUUUUCUAUCCUUGUCACCGCGCACCCUUCCAUCAAGCUGGAUCCUCGUCUGGCAGCAAUUCCAGCUUUCUUUUCCAAAACAGCUACUGUUUAUAAUCCAAUUAUUUAUGUCUUUAUGAACAGACAGUUCAGGAGGUGUCUGAUUCAGAUGUUCAGCUGCAGUGCCGUAGAAACUGCAGAGUCCGAUGUCAACCCAGCUUCAGAGAGAGCAAUGCUAACCCAGGACAAAAGAGGCACUGAGAUGUCCACCAUGGCAGUACAUAGCACCAUUUCUAAGAGGAAAACUGGAGAUGAAAACAGAAAUUGUGGAUCCUUUGCUCACUUGACAGGUUCAGAAAAAAUCCAUCCCAUGUAG